UACCAAAAUUCCAUCAUAAAUAUAUCAUCAAAUCUACCAUACAAAUAAUGAACUCUCCAAAUAUAUUUAAUGCAACAAAUUCAAUAUAAUUUUUUUUUUACCAAAAAGCCUGCUUUUUCAAUUUCAACAAGCAAACCACCUUUAACCUCUUAGGCUCUUACUAAUCUCCUCUUAAGUGGGAGGAGAUGGUGUGUGCAAAAUCAGAAGGCGAUUUGGGUAUAAGAGUUUGCGUGGGUUCAAUGAAGUCAUGUUAGCAAAACAACUAUGGCGAAUCCACCAACGCCCACUGUCUCUGGUGGCGCGCGUAAUGAAGGUAAAAUACUAUAAGAAUUCGAGUGUGCUUGAAGCCUCGGUUGGUUCUAGCCAAGUUUCAUCUAGCGCAGUAUGAUGAGCGCUCAAGAAUUGCUACGUGGUGGGAUACGUUGGCGCAUCAGGGAUGAGAGUUUGGUACGUAUCUGGGGGGAUAAAUGGCUCUCGGAGGAACCUUACUAUGUGGUCGAUGCGCCAACAUGCUUGGAUGUGACGUCUAGAGUCAGAGAACUAAUUGACCCAGAGACAAGGUUUUAGGAUCUUCCGUUGGUGGAAGCUUGCUUUCAAUCGGGUACGAUACGACAGAUUUUCCAAAUCCCGCCGAGAGGAUGUGAAGAACAGGAUACGCUGAUUUGGGAAAAUAAUGAGAAGGGAGUCUACAUAGUUAAGGAUGGCAACCACUUUUGGUUCGAGGAUAUUAAGCGGAGGAAUGGGGUGAGCCAGAUUGGGAGUCCGGAAGUUUGGAACAAGCUAUGGAGGCUGAAAAUUCCUCCCAAAAUCCGAUACUUCUACUGGCAUUUUUGCUCGACAUGUCCUUCCAACGGAGGAUCACAUCAGUACCAAAAGCAAGAGGUGGGGGGGAGAUAAAUGUCCUUUUUGUGAUGCCCGAGAAACACAGACACACCUGUUCAGAGAGUGUGAGUGGGUUACCAGGAUAUGGAGAACAACGGAGCUUAGUAGCUGCUUUCCCAACAGAGGAAAUGGGGCUGCUAUGAAUGGUUUAAGGAGGUGAUGGCGAGAAAUGGGGAUGAGGUGUUGGAGAGCUGGUGUGUGCUCUUAUGGUUCUUUUGGAAAGAAAGGAAUGCUAUCUUUUCAAUGGCAAAAAGCUUGUGGAAUCCGAGAUUGUGCUGAAAGCAAAAUUCUUUCUUGAGGACUAUAAAGCUCGACAAUUAAAGAUUGUAGUUGAGCAGCACAGACACGAGGCUAAGGGAAGGAGCAUGCCACAGAAAGGGAGGUGCCAAUCAAUAUUGAUGUAGGGACAAUGGAGGAUGGAGUAACUGGGUUGGGACUGGUUAUUCGUGGGAAUGGAGGUCGAUUUUUGCUUGUUGCAGCGAGGAACAUUCCAAGCCAGGUGAACGUUGAAACCGCUGAAGCACUUGCAGCAGAGUUAGGAGUCCAGCUGGCGUUUCAAUGUCCCGGGAAGCGAUACAUCCUGGAGAUGGAUAGGCUGUCAUUAACAGGUAAAUUGGAAAUGAUGGUUGAAGUUCACACCGAGAUUGGAAUUAUAUGUAGGAUCAUCCGACGAAAGCUAGCUGAGUUAAAUGGCGAAUGUCGUCUUCUCCCAAAAUAGGGUAACAAGGUUGCUCAUGUGAUGGCCCAUGCCCAUGCCAAGUCCCGUUUGAAUGAACAAUAACGGUUUAUAUUGUUAAAUCAGUUAGUGCAGGACAAUGUAACAAUAGUUUCUUAUCAAAAAAUUUCAGCAGAUUCCCAUAAAAAAAAUCUAGUGAUCCAUGUCCGCUCAAAAUCUUUAACUUUCAAGUCGAUCUGGUAGAUUUUCUCUUCUUCGUUUUUCCUCAAGCCCAACCCAGUUAGAUUACGAGAUCCAGUUCAAACCCGUUCUGCAAAAUAUCUGCUACUGGAUCAAUUACUUGGGCUUUCCUUGUGCAGGCAGAUUCAGAUUGGAAGGAAACUACGAGGCGUCCUUCUCGUUGUCGUUCCGCCGGGAAACUGUUUGCCUAAUAGCGCAGAAGGAGGAGGGAGAGAAUAGAAAUGCAAACAAUUAUCAGACGGGGAUAAUUGAAAAGGAAAACUCUCGAAUUGGAAGUUGAAACCCUCUCUUCUGUCUUCUCGAUUGAUUCGGCAUCAUAAUGACCGGAGAAGGAGAAGGCAGGGGCCUCGCCGCCGCCGGCAACCCUAACAACCCGCUCUACUACGGGACUUUUCAAGGCGUCGCCAAUUACUACCCGCCUUCUGCUCCUCCGCCGUUUACACAACAAUCCCAGCCUGCCGUCGGUUUCGUCCAGCCGAUCGCCCCUCUUCGUGGCCCCGUCGUGAACCACCCUUACUAUGCACAUGGAUACCACGCCAUUGACACCGGUUAUGUGAUUGCAGAGGGCAGGCCUUUAAUUAGGGAAUUUCCCCUCCCUUGCUGUGGAAUGGGCAUGGGAUGGUUCUUGUUUAUUGUUGGCUUCUUCUUUGGUGGCAUUCCUUGGUACAUUGGGGCAUUUGUUCUACUAUUCGCACAAGUGGACUACAGAGAGAAGCCUGGAUAUGUUGCGUGUGUGAUAGCUUCAGUUCUUGCUAUGACUGCUGUUACGCUUGGGGUUACUAAAGGAGCUAACACCUGGUGAAGACCCAAACGUGGAGUUUGCAUGUUCUACAGAGUGAUCGACUCGUUUAUGCAGUUUACCAUUCAGGUUACUUAUUUGAAAGGUGGUAUAGCCGUGGUGGAAUCCUUAUGCUGUGCAGGGGGGAGCUGUAGGAUGGGUGUUCGGCAAUUUGGAACUCUUUUUUCAUGUGUUAACUGAUGGUUGUGGCAUCGAUCAUCCCUGUAAAUUUUUUACUUAAACUAGAAGGAAUUGGGCUGUAGACAAGACAUCAGUCACUGUUGAUUGGGCUGUAUAUUGAUGCAUUAUUACGUUUCCCUUCUCUUUCUUUGGUUUGAAUCACUGAUUUUCAGGCCCCUUAAUCAGCGUCGAUUAAUAGUUCAUUACACUUCGAGCCUAGAGGCAACAUGAAGAGAUCAAAACACUUGUUUAACUCGAUUGAAUGUCAUCUCAAGAUUGGAAUUUGAUCGCCUGAUUUGGCUACAAGUAAACAUAUACAUCCAAGCAAUUGGUGUUUGUUUAUGUAUUUUCAUUUGUUUGGUAGGUUAUUCAUCCUAAACGAGUCGAAGGCAAGUAGGCAUUGAAGUAAACUCACCUAAGUUCUUACCGUAGCCGGUAAUUUUCGGGUGAUUACUGCUGCUCGCGUCCUGGAAGACAAGCAGCCCAAGCGACUGCGUCGAUCGAAGCAACUGAAGUGGCGUUUCUACUUACCAUCGUCGGAGGGGGUUGAAAUAAAGACACACGAGGACC